CCAGGCUGGGCCGGUGCAGCAGGAGGGGGCUCUGGCCAGGCGGAGCCAUGGCGGAGGCCGAGGAGAUCCUGCUGCAGCUGCAGAAGGACAACAGGGACGGGCGGCUGCGCAAGCAGGAGCUGGAGGAGCUCAUGAGGAUCCUGGAGACCGAGAGCGACAGCCUGGUCCUGACCCUGCGGAGCCUCAGGGAGCGGGAGCGCAGCCUCCAGCGGAGGCUGAACCAGGCAGCCGGGGCCCUCCGCGGGGAGGCCGAGGAAGUGGUCAAGAGCCGAGCGGCCCACACGCUGGAGCUCAUCGCCGACGCUGCGGAGCAGAAGCUUAUCUUGGAGAGGAACAACCAGCUACUUCAAGAAGAAUGGGAAGAACUUUCCAGCCAGCUUUUCUACUACGGCGGGGAGCAGCAGUGCCAGCGCAGGCAGCAUCGGCGGCUGCAGGCGGAGCUGCUGGGCCUCCAGAAACAGCUCGAGCUCAUGGAGUCCAGGUCUGCCCUGCAAGCUGAGGGCAUCCAGAAGGGCAUCAUGCAGAAGGAGGAGGCGUGGUCCAGCUUCCAGGAGCAGAGCGGGGUCCUCCAGGAGCUCCAGACCAAGGUGAUGGAGGUGGCUUCCGUGCUGGACACGCCUCGAGAAGGGAUGGAGCUGAAGGCCGGCCAGGUUUCCCCCACGGCCAAAACCCCGGGCUCGCUCAUGGAGGAGGUGGCUGAAGCCAACUGUGAAAACAGGCUGAACAGCCCCGGGCAUUUCUACGGGCUCAGGCUGUUGGCCGUCACGGGCCUCCGGCUGCUGCUCCCGCUGUGGUUCCUGAGCCUGCCCCUGUUCUACCUGAACCUGAUUAACCCCAACGCCAUCCGGGAGGCCCUGCCGCGCCUCUGCUCCCAGGGCACCUUCCGCCGCCUGCGCUACACCCUGUCGCCCCUGCUCGAGCUGCAGACCAACAACCUGCUGCCCACCUAGGCCCGGCCGGUCCGCGCGGCUCCUCCCGGCCCGCCCGUUCCAGCUCAGGCCCGGUCUCGGUCCCCCCCGUGAGCCACUACCGUCCCUCCCCGACCCCUCCGCCCCCGUCUCCCCGCCGCCUCCCCUUCUCUCUCCGGUCCUCACCCCCGCUGUCUCCCACUCUCGGCUCUGCGGGGACGGGGUGAAAUCUCCCGCGGGCCCCAGGGGUUGUGUAUGUCCCGGGAUUGAUCUUGGAUUAAUGGAUCUGGGCUCAG